AUGAGUAGGCUCGGAAUAGCUUGGCUGUUUGCAACGUACUCUGCCAUCUCUCUGGCUGGAAGCCUCUGCAAGCACCCUAUUUCCAUCGCUCCGACUUACACACGUAUCAAAGUUACUGUCGCGGGAUUCGAUGCGACAUCCAGAUAUGAGGAAUGGGAAGAAGUCGACGGCAAAGCCAGUUGUAUGGUCCACUGGCAAAUCGUGCAACGGCAUAGCGUCUUCAAGCAUUUCUUCAAGUCAAAAGUACGAGCAAGGACCAGUACACUUCUCGACUUCUCGACGGACUAUGCUGAUUCUUCUACGAGUAGCGCGGGUGCAAUCGGGACUGCAGCGGCUUCGAGUGCUAGAACAGCAAGCAUAGGUACUAGUCAUCUACUCCCCAGGCAAUCAUCGGCUCUCGCUUUCGUCGAUCUUUGUGUUGAGAUGGUGGGGGAGCACCCUGAAGGUCCACGAUUCCACGACCCCGCAGCAUCAUCGUCUCCGGCGCUAGCUGCCUGGAAGAUCAUCAUGGGAAACGUGCGCGCGGACAAUAAUCAUCAUGUCCAGACAUUGCCGUCACAGGCCACCCAUGUUGGUUACCCCUUGCUUCGACGGCUCGGAGCGGGACGCAGCUCGGUGCGGAUCGCGCUCAGCUCACAAACGCUACGCCGGGAACGACCCUCUGAAGAUUGCACGUUCGAGUCCGAACCGUCUGCUGCGUCAUCUUACCCUUUGGCUGACAUCGCUGAUUACAUGGGAGCUAUGCCUGUGCCUGCUGGCAAUCCAUAUGAGCGCGACCCACUAGCCGGCAGUGCACCCGCGACGUGCUAUUUGAGGGUAUCUGACGUGACACCAAUAUGCGUUACGUCGUUGGGCGUAAAUGGUGCCCAGUCACAGCCUUCCGUAUACCUGGUCGUAGGAUGCGCGUUGCUGCGCAUAGAAGGACCGUGGACCGCAGCUGUGGCUUUCGGUCACUCCAGGCCAGUGGUAUCAACGCACCCAAGUGCGAUCGGCCCUGUGGGGACGAUGCCGUACAGUUAUGCCCUUGCCCUUGUCCGCAGCAGCAUGGAAGGACGUCAGAAUGUCAGCCUGUCCAAAAGCGAUAGACGAGGCAAGCAAAGGAUGCCGAUUACGUACGCACCGAACCCUGUCGGCCUAGGAUCUGGGCGUCAAAGAUGGCAUAAUCGAUCUCUACAUGCUGCUGUGUGCUGUCGCCUGACCUCCGCUCCAAUGAGUGGGAGUUGGCGACCGCAAAAGCAAAACCCGGGACUGACCCCUUGCCCUUUGCAUCCCAACUCGGUGGAGACGCUCGUUGAACGUUCGCGCAGCGGCAACAUCGUGUCCGCUUCCGCGACGCCUGUUGCUCAGGCACGGCCGAACAAGGCAGACGGGGAAGCGGCACAAAACCUCUUAUGA